UUGAAAGUAAGGUUUGAAUCUCUGCUAAAAAGCAAUAUGGCGAAUAAUAGUGACAGUCAGACUAUUUCGAUCUGUCAAAUACUAGCGUAUUUUUGCCAUUUCAGAUAUUAACGGAAUAUCUAGCGAAUUUCGAUCUGAUACUCAAUUAAACUGUAAUUAUACGAAAUAAUGGCUCGAGCUUCUGCAUCGGCACAAUGCGAUUCAGUCGCGUCGUAUAUGGAUGGUGUUCAUGUCAAAAUCGCGGAGGCCUACAAACCACCGAGAAAGUUUGGUCUGCCAGCGGCGUACAAUAAUCGUUUGCCUGAUGUGUCAAAGUUGACAUAUGAUUUUAGCUUGGAAAAGUCAGUACUUGAAAAGAUAUGCGAAUGGCGUAAGGCUAGACAGGCCUACAGUAAAGCGCUUCAAGCCAGAUUGAAAGAAAAGAGAAAGAAGGAAAGAAAGGAAACUCCUCCGUCACCACCACUGGACUGUGUGAAACAAUUGCCUAUUAAUGCAGCUGCUCCAGAAACUACAAUACUUACACCUCAACCUUUGUCACCUCCGGCAAAUGAUCUUCAGGAUCAUGCAAAAACCAAUGGAGAUCUGGAUUUUGCCGAUUUCGAUAAUGACACAAGCAGCCCCUUUGAUAAUAUGGAACUAAAAACUAUCAAUGAUAUGGAGGAAUUAGCACAGGUUUUACAACCUAGGUCAGAAUGGAUACCUGCAGUAAAAUUGGAAAAUAUUAUAAAUGAAUUAACAAUCGAUGAUACUUCGGAAAUUUCCAAGGAAGAGAAAGUUGACGACGUGAAAACUCCAGUGGAUAGUCAAACCGAUGAGGAUGAACUAGCUAAUGUUGAAAAUUAUCGUAGUGUUUCAGCAAUAAUGCAGGAUCUUCAAAAGGAUUUGGAACGGCCUGUUAUGGAGAAUUGGAAGCCAUGGCCUGAUUUAGAGAGUCCAGAUAGUGAUGGGUGUGCAACUUUGAGACAUGAUAAUGGGAUAUCAUCGAAUCACACGAAAUCGCCAGCGGACACGCUGUCGAAUAUGACGGAGGACGAUUUAAAGUUAGUGAUGCAGUUAAGUGACAUGGGAUUUCCUAAAUGCAGAGCAGCACGCGCAGUGUUGGAGUUGGGUCGUGUACACGAGAAAAAGAUCGUAGAAUACUUAUUGGCAAUCCAAUCUCUGGAGGAGAACGGUAUCCCGAAUAACUACGCCGAGAAAGCACUAACGCUUACGCAGCAUGAUCAAUCCAAAGCAAGAAUCUAUUACGAAAAUUUAUGUACAUUGAAAGAUCUAGGAUUCCACGAAGAUGAAGUCUCCGCGGCAUUAGUGAAGUGUAAUUUCGACCGCGACAAAGCUUUAGAUCUUCUGAUUGCUUGAGUAAAAAUAUAUAUAUAUAGAGAAAAUAUAUAUAUAGAGAGACGAGAGAAUAUUUUCCGCGACUCGAUUUUAUGUGAAAAUAGAAAUGGAAUUUAAAAAGGAAAAAGAAAUUUAACUUUUUAUAAACAUUACAUGCAAGAUACAUCGCAUCUCAAAAUCAUAAGGUAUAUUUUAAUAAAAAAAAACAAUA